GAGGCGCGGGAAGCCCGGCCGGCUGGGCCCGGCCGCGCGGCCUGAGGAGGUCGCCCGCGUCGGCCGCUCCCGCCGAGACUUCUGCGAGGCGCGAGACCCGAGGGUUGACUCCCGCACGUCCGCGAGGCCUGGCCGGUUAGAAGUGGAAGAUAAAAGAGUAUUUGAUUCAUGAAGAAUCUGGUUAUGAAGAAGUGUAUGUCAAGUCACUGGUUGAAUAUCCAUCAUAAAGAGAUUAAGGAGAGAAUGGAGAGGAAGGUUGAUUCCAGGGAUGGUGCUGUCAAGAAACCUUAUUUUUCAAAGACAGUGUCCAACAAGAAAAAUUCUUCAUUCUCUGGGAUUCGGAACAAGUUACCUAGUACCAGACAUCCGGUGCCGUAUCAUGUCGAAUAUAAUUGCACCAGAAGGGCCCGCUUACGAGAAUUGCGUAUCAGAUGUUUGGCCAGAAAAUUCUUAUAUUUGUGGAUUCAAAAGACUUUUGGAAGAGUAUUUCCUUCUAAAGCCAGGUUUUACUACGAGCAGAAGGUGCUACGGAAGGUCUUUGCAGAGUGGAAAGAAGAGUGGUGGGUUUCCCAUCGAGAAUGGAAACUCUGUAUUAGAGCCGACUGCCACUACAGAUAUUACUUGUACAACCUGAUGUUCCAGGCUUGGAAGGCCUAUGUGCUGCAGCAGCAGGAGACAAGAAACAAGUACAUGAGAGCUGAGGACCAUGAUGCGAAACAGAAGAUGCGACACGCCUGGAAAUCCUGGUUGAUCUACGUGGUUUUUCGUAGAACCAAACAUGAGAUGCAGAACACUGCCCUAGAGUUUAGGCAGCAGAAUAUUUUGUGGGUCUGGUGGAAGGAGUGGAGGCAGCAGCUGGGGCGGGUCCGCGUGGACCAGGCCCUUCAGGCGUCAGCAGUGAAGCACAGAGCCCUGUGUGUCCAGCUGCAGGUUUGGUCACGGUGGCAGGAACAACUGCUGCAUGUCUGGAGGCAGCGGCGGAAGUUGAUCUUGGCAGUGAAGCACCAUCAGCACUGGCUGAAGUGGAAAUCCCUGAAGGCCUGGCUCCAGCACCUGCAGAUCCGCAGGGUGAAGAGGCAGUGGAAAGAGAUGGCUGAGCGAUUCCACCGUGUCACACUGCUUCAGAAACACUUCUGUGAUUGGCAGUGGGCCUGGGAGCGGAGGGAGAGCUUGUAUGCCCACCGUGCUCUGCUAGAGGAACUGGCCAGGAGGAUGAAGCUGCGGAGGGCCUUUUCCCACUGGAAACACUACGGGCUGCUGUGUGCAGAAGAAGCUGCCCAAGGCCAGGUGGCAGAAGAACACCAUCGGCGCAGCUUGCUGCACUUUUGCUUUCAAGCCUUAAAAGAUAAUGUGGUUUAUGCUCGUCACCAACGUAUAAGAAGGAAUCUGGCUCACCAGCAGCGGGACAGCACGCUGCUGCGUAGUUUCUGGAACCUCUGGCAAUCUCGAAUUGAGCAGAAGGAGGAGAGAGGGCAGCUUUCCUUAUUGAGUGCUGCCAAGGACCACUACAGAAUAACAUUGCUGCACAAGUGUAUCCAAUCGUGGUUACAGUAUGCUCAGAAGAAGAGAUACAAACAGGUGCUGCGGAGCCGAGCAGACAGUCAUUUUCAGCAGAGAGCCCUGCCUGCCGCCUUCCAGACAUGGAGAAUGCUCUGGCACUGGCACCAGCAGGAAAGCGUCCUCAGCGAGAGAGCAGCGAGUUUUCACAGGAAGACAGUAAAGAAGCGAGUGUUUACUAGUUGGUAUCAGAAGAUGUUUCAGCAUCAAGAAAACCGUUUGACAGAGAGAAUGGCCAUCCUUCAUGCAGAGCGGCAGCUUCUCCAAAGGUCCUGGUGCAUGUGGCACCAGCAGACAGUGGCACGACAGUGGCAAGCUGUGGCCUGCACCCAUCACUGCCGCGGGCAGCUCAGGAAGGCUUUCAGCAUCUGGACAGAGAGUGCCCGAGGGCUCAGCACAGAGAAGAUGGGCUGCAUGCUGGCUGCGGAAUUCCACUCAGCACGACUCAUCCAUUGGGCCUGGAACAGAUGGAGGGAGUGCUUGGCCCUGCGGGGCACAGAGUGGCAGAAGCGGCUUCGAGCUGAGCUGCAUUACCAACACGCCCUGCAGCGCAAGGCGCUCCACGCCUGGGGGAUCUACCAGCAGAGGCUGCAGCGCAUCCUCUGGAAGGUGGCGGCCAUCGAGCAUCGGCGCGAGAGGCAGCUGCUGAGAGCCGUGUUACAUCGCUGGAGAGAGAACACCCAGGCCCGCGUGGAAGAGGCAAGGAAGGCCUCCCGAGCCACAGCCCACUACGAAAGGGCUCUGUGUUCCAAGGUCCUGGUCCUGUGGCGGGAGGCCGUGUCCAUACAGAUAUACAACCGCCAGCAGGAGGACUAUGCCGUCAGGGAGGCCCAGAAGGUUCUGGAGAGGGACCGUCUCCAGGGCUGGCUGAGGCGCUGGCGGGCCCGGGCACAGCAGAGGCUGCAGCUGGCACGUGCGGAGCAGCAUCAGCGACGGUGGGCACUGCAGCGGGCCCUGGCCGCGUGGAAGGCCCACCACCGCCACUGUGCCAGGAGGAAGCACCUACGGAGCCUGAGCACCCAGCUGCUGGCCCGGACGCUCAGCCGCACCUGCUUGCACCAAUGGAGACAACAGUUGGCGGCCAGGAGGCGGGAGCAGCAGGGCACGACGCGGGCACUGUGGUUCUGGGCCUUCUCACUGCAGGCGAAGGUGUGGGCCGCGUGGCUGGACUUUGUGAUGGAGAGGAGGAGGAAGAAGGCACGGCUGGAGCGCGCAGCCCAGGUCUACCACCAGCAGCUGCUUCAGGAGGGGGUCCCGCGUCUCCUGCGCUUUGCCGCCGGGAUGAAGGCUCAGCGGCAGCGGUUGCACGCCCAGCAGCAGGCCCAGGCGGCGCACAGUCUCCAGCGGGCGGUCCGGCGCUGCGCCAUGGUCUGGAAGCACAAGGUGCUGGGUCGGCCACAGCCCCCCGCACCUGCCCUGCCCAGAAGAGUGACUUUCGAGGAAACCUCUCUCCACCCCCUCUCUGCUGGGGAUGCUGCCACCUCGGAGACCAAGAGGCCACGAGCUCUCCAGGAGCCUUGGGGGACGCCUGGCAGCCUCAACCUGGCUGCCAUGGACCCUCCGCAUCUGGAGCUCAAUGUUGCCCGCUCAUCCAGGAAGCAGCCACGACGCCCACCCUUCUUGCUGGAGCCUGGGCAGAGCCAGAGGUCCUUGGGAAGCAGCAUCCUCAGGGGACAGAGGCCUGAGAAGCUUCAGGAGUGUGGCUUUGAACUGGCUAGGCCAGCGGGUUCUUCCCCGACCAGGCGCUUCCCGGCAAAGGCUCAGACACCACUGGUCACAGGCAGCCCGCAGUCCACAGCCUGCUCGACUUUCCGUGACCCACAGCUCGUUCCCGCAGCCAGUGGUGGCCUAGAGCUGCUGCCCCCUUCCUCCAGGCCAGGCAGGGCAGAAGCACCUGCCAGGGAGUCGGCAUGGCCAAUCACCCCCGGACUUAGACCCCAGGCUCCCUCAUCCCUGAUGAGUGCUCCUGACCCCCACCUGCUCCUCCCUGGGGACUUCACAGGCACAAGCCUGGGGCCUGGCUCAGAAACUGUGGGGUUGUGUCUGGGGCCCGCGGGCACUGCCAGCAGAUGGGCUUCACCCAGCCCCUGGGAUGCCGCCAUUCCGCCUGGGCUCGGACAGGACCGUCAGGCUCAACCUAUUGCCAUCAGCCAUCCUGACCUGGAAGCUGAGCUAGAGGGCAUCCACCAGCAGCUGCGGCACUGCCAGAUCACAAAGCAGAACCUCUGGUCCUACCAAAGACAAGCGCGCAGCCUGCGCAAGUGGCUGCAGCUGAGCCAGGAGGAGCCCAGAGCUGAGGAGCAGGAAGCAGAGCAGCUGGUACAGAAAGAGCUACAGGAGGUAGAGCUGCAGAUCGAGCACCUGGCGGCGGAACUGCAGGCCCAGCGCCAGCCCAUCCGCGCUUGCAUUGUCCGGGUGCAGGCCCUGUGGCAGGCGCUGUGCUAG